UUUACCUGCAGCUCCUCCUCUUCCUCCUCCAGACUCUUAUUGUGAAACUCUCUCAUGUUGUUUACCUCCAGCCUCUCAGCGACUCUCCUUCAGAUCUGACCCGAGAAUGAGCGCUGUUUCCUGGCCUGCGUGCUCCUGGUUCUCCCGGUUCUCCUGGUUCUCCCUCCUCUCCCUCCUCUCCCUCCUCUCCCCGGCCUCCUCUCUCCGGAUCCCCCCCCACGAUGAGGUGGCCCAGGUGGCUCGCUUCGUGGCCCACCAGUGUGAUUGGGCCUCCAUGGCCACCGUCUCGUCUCACAGCCCGCUGAUUGGCCGGCCCUUCUCCAACACUUUCUCUGUGAGCGACGGGCCGCGAGGCUCCGGGACCGGGACCCCUUACCUGUACCUGACCCGCAUGGAGGUCUCCGGGCAGGACCUGCAGGUAAACCCCGCCUCCUCUCUCUCCAUGGUCUCUGGCUCAGACUGAUUACUGCAGACUGCAGGCUUCGACCCCCAGAGCCCCCUGUGUGCUCACAUCAUCCUAUCAGGAGACACCGUGGAGGUGGAGGGCUUGGAGGCGGAGUUUGCACAGAAGGCGUUUGUUCUCUCUCGUCACCCGGAGAUGAUUGAUUGGCCGUCCGACCACAGCUGGUUCUUUCGCCAAGCUCAACAUCACACAGGUGUGGUGCUGGAUUAUUUUGGCGGGGUGAAGAAAGUGACCCCCGAGGAAUACUACAAUGCCUCGCUGCACAGGAAACACCACUGACCUGCUGCUGCUGGAGGAUGUAGUUCUUUAUAUCAGUUUGUAGUUCUAUAACUCAGUUUGUAGUUCAAUAACUCAGUUUGUAGUUCUUACCUGCUGUUUGUAGUUCUAUGGCUCAGUUUGUAGUUAUAAUGGCUCAGUUUGUAGUUCUAUAACUCAGUUUGUAGUUCUAUAACUCAGUUUGUAGUUCUUUAACUGCUGUUUGUAGUUCUAUGGCUCAGUUUGUAGUUCUCUUCUGCUGUUUGUAGUUCUAUGGCUCACAGGAGGAGUGAAUCUGAGGCUAGGAGUGAUAUCAUAUAGUGUGAUCAUAUAUGAGUGAAAAUAUACCAGAACAUAUUUGUAUUGUUCUGACUAUAUCAGAUUUGUUUCCUUGUUUUGCUUUGUUUUGCCAAACUGCCUCCCACUAAAGCCCCAUUUUAAUACAGAAUUUGCACUAAAAAGUAAAUGUUUCGUAAUGACUAGGACAGUAUGUGAUCUGCAGAUAAUGAAUCAUCACAUUCAGGAGGUUUUAUAAUAUUCUGAGGACCAAUGUUGUUUUCUCUCUCUGCACUGAAAUUAUUUCUUUUAUUAAAUAAAGUUUGUUAAAAUUUAAAAA